CAUGGUCUCCUGUGCAAGUAACCUUCCCCUAACAGGAUCAAGACAAUAUCACUGUGGCUUUCUUGGCUGUGCGAAACAGGGAAAAAUGGAGAACGGUUGCUCGGACUCGCUCAAGGAUGACGACGAGGCUCUGUGGGAGAACGUGGAGAACAACCGCUACAUCCUGAGCCGCUACAUCAACCCCAACAAGCUGACGCCGUACCUGAGGCAGUGCAAGGUCAUCGAUGAGCAGGACGAGGACGAGGUGCUGCACUCCCUGCUGCUGGUGUCCAAAGUGAACCGGGCAGGGCGGCUGUUGGAUAUCCUGCGGACGAAGGGAGAGCGGGGUUAUGUGGUGUUUCUGGAGAGCUUGGAGUUCUACUACCCCGACCUCUACAAGAUGGUCACUGGCAAGGAACCGACACGCAGGUUCUCCACUAUCGUUGUGGAGGAGGGUCAGGAGGGCCUCACCCAGUUCCUUAUGAACGAGGUGGUCAAGCUCCAACAGCAGGCCAAGGCAAAAGAUGUGCAACGCGUGGACAUCAUGGGCAAAUGCCGGACGCUGGAGGAUGAGCAGCGGAAGUUGCGCCUGGCCAACCAGGAACUGCAGACCUUCCAGGAGCGCUACAACAAGAUGAAGGAGGAGCGCAACAACUACAACGACGAGCUGACCAAGGUCAAAGACGAGAACUACAAGCUAGCCAUGCGCUACGCCCAGCUGAGUGAGGAGAAGAACAUGGCUGUCAUGAGGAGUCGUGACCUUCAGCUAGAGAUUGAUCAGCUGAAACACAAGCUAAACAAGGUGGAGGAAGAGUGCACGAUGGAGCGCAAGCAGUCCCUGAAACUGAAAAACGACAUUGAGAACCGUCCCCGCAAAGAGCAGAUUCUCCAGCUGGAACAUGACAAGGAAAUGCUGCAAAUCAAACUUCAAGAGUUGCAGUCAAUCAUCCAGCCAGGGCCUCUGCCUGAUUCGGACAAGGCCAUCCUGGACAUCCUGGAGCAUGACCGACAGGAGGCUCUGGAGGAUCGCCAGGAUCUGGUCAAUCGGCUCUACAACCUGCAUGAGGAGGUGCGUCAGGCCGAGGAGCUGAGAGACAAGUACUUGGAGGAAAAAGAGUCAUUGGAGCUGAAGUCGUCCACUCUGGUGAAGGACUGUGAGAUGUACAAGAAUCGCAUGAAUACAUUCAUGGUGCAGCUGGAGGAGGUGGAACGGGAAAGGGACCAGGCUUUUAAGUCGAGGGACGAUGCCCAGAAGCAGUUCUCCCAGUGCCUGAUUGACAAGGACAAGUACCGCAAACAGAUCCGUGAGCUGGAAGAGAAGAGCGAUGAGCUGCACAUCGAGAUAGUCCGCAAAGAGGCCAAGAUCGUCAAUCUGGAGUCCAAGAUGAGGCGUCUCGCUAAGGAAAAUGGCCUGGAUCAGAGUUUACUUCGAGACAUUCCAUCCACGAUCAUCUCGCAGGACCCCAAGGCGGAGGGUCCAUCCGAGGACUCUGGGGACGAGUCUCCCGAAGACAACAAGUUCUUUAUGCCUGAGCCGCGGUUCAGGCGGCGGCCAAACCUCAAGGGAGCCGGGAUUAGAGUCAAGUCUCCUGUGAAUACGCCCAAGGCUCCUGACUUUCAGGGUGUGUCAAACACGAAUGGAGAGCUAACAGAGGCACCUAGUGUCGACAGGCCACUCUCUCAGACCUCAGCCUGUAUAGCCGUCAGCAAUCCCCCAAUUGCUCCUACCAGUACCACAGAAGCCCUCAAUAAACUCCGUCUCCGUAACGACAGCAUUGUGUCAACGGUCCCUGAGCCACCAGGAAAUGCUUCGCUUGUCAGGAGAACCAAAGAAGGAGAGGACGAAUUUCAGCCAAGAAGCCUCUCCAGUGUGGACAGUGACAGUGGAGACUACAUGGAAUUUGAUGAGGACACUGACAGGUUCUCCCACAGUCCUCCAUCCAUCCACUCAUCAUCCUCCUCUCACCAGUCGGAGGGCCUAGACUCGUACGACUUGGAGCAAGUGAACAACAUAUUCAGGAGGUUCUCACUGGAAAGACCAUUCCGUCCCUCUGUUACGUCCUUCACCCGAGUCAGCAGCUCACUGCGGCCCAUCCAGGACAUCGCCCUCCAGGGGGACAGCCUCCUCUCCGAUGUCACCCUCAUGGGGGGAAACGAGAGCGGCAUCUUUGUGUCCUCGGUGCAGCAAGGUUCCAACGCGGAGAAGGCUGGCCUCCGAGAGGGCCACCACCUUUUAAUGUUGGAGGGCUGUAUCCGUGGAGAGAACCAGAGAGUGCCUCUGGACACUUGCACCAAAGAAGAAGCCCACUGGACCCUUCAGAAAUGUUCUGGACAAGUCCAGCUCCAUUACAGGCCCAACCAUGAUGGUUACAGGCGGCUACAGAGGGAGGUGGAGGAUGGCAAGCUGUUGUCCGGCGACUCUUUCUACAUCCGUGCCAACCUAAACGUGUCAGGCCCGUCAGACAACUGCUCGCUGAGCGUGCGCUGCGACGAGGUUCUGCACGUGCUGGACACCAUGCACCAGGGCAAGUGUGAGUGGAUGUGUGCGCGCGUUGACCCCAACUCCGACAAGGACCUGGAGAGAGGCACCAUCCCCAGCUACUCCAGGGCCCAGCAGCUGCUCCUGGUGAAGAUCCAGAAGCUGAUGUGCCGCGGGGGGCGAGACGAGGCUGAUAGUCAGCGCGGGGGGCUGAGGAACUCAUUAGUGCCUGAGGAGCCCACACUGCCCGCAGACCCUAAAUCCAGCCCUCGCCUGUCCAGAGCUAGUGUCUUCAUCUGUCAGAUUCUCCAGUUCGUCAGCAGGGCUGAUAACAAGUACAAGCGUAUGAACAGCAGCGAUCGGGUGCGUAUCGUUAGCGCUGAGAGCUUGACAGCAUUUCCCAAACCCUUCGCCGAGACUUUGAGGAAAGAUGAUGCGUCAGAUGCGGAGAAUGACCUGAAGAAGGGUUUGAACUUGAUACCUUACAGUCUGGUGACCUCGUACCACUGCCAGCGCAAGCGGCCCGUUCUGUUUGCCCCGAAUGCGCUGGCUAAAACCAUUAUCCAGAAGUUUCUCAAUCUGGGUGGAGCCAUGGAGUUUAACAUUUGUAAACCAGAUAUUCUGUCUAAAGAGGAGUUCCUCAUGAAGCAGAAGAUUGAAGAUUCCAUCAUUUAUUCCAAAGAGAAACAAGCCAAUACCUUCGAAUGUGUCACGGAAAAUAUUGAAACAGUUGCCUUCAAGAAUAAACACUGUCUGCUGGAGGCCGAUCUGGGCUGCGUGAAGCACCUCCUCCGCAGGGAGAUCUACCCCAUAAUAAUCUUCAUCAAAAUCAGCGAGAAGAACAUCAAGAAAUUAAGGCGGCUGCCGGUGAAGCUGGACUCUGAGGAGGAGUUGCUGCGCAUGUGCCGGGCCAAGGAGAAGGAGCUGGAGGGCCUGCCCUGCCUCUACUCCACGGUGGAGCCUGAGGCCUGGAGCAGUGUGGAGGACCUGCUCAAGGUCAUCAAGGACAAGAUCCUGGACGAACAGAAGAAAACCGUCUGGGUGGAGCAGGAGAUGCUGUAGAACUGACCCAACCUGACCUGACCUGACCAGCCCUGGACUGGAGGUCCCGAGGAGUGCUGUGGUCCUGAAGUGGCGCAGGGUGCGACUCUCUCUUGCCAUGCUCCCUUGAGCAUGAUGCUCGCUCGCCGCACACACUCUGAAACCUUUCGGCGUCAUCGUUUCCAGCUUGAGCGGGAUGUAAGCUGCGAAGCAAGCAUGCACAGGAAAUGACGUCACCACACAAGGCUGCCAAGUGAAAAGGUGUGCUGCUCAACAGAGACAAUAAUGUGGAUGAGCAAUGUUGCCUCCAAUGUUGAUGAUGAGGUAUUCACAACACGUCAAGGAAAUGUUCUCACCUGAGCUCACUCUCUCUCUCUCUUUCUCUCCAGAAGUGAUGCCAUUGUCAAUAAUACAUUAGCUCUCCUUCCCCCUAUCUGUAAUACCCAAUAAGGCACAGCUCAUUGCACUUUGUGGGUCUCUAUCAGUGGAGUUCUGUGGGCAGAUUGUCUCUACCGUUGUUAUAUAUCACGCUGAGUGACCACAAACAAGAUUAAUGCUGAUAACUAUAAAUUGAAUUUUGAUGCCCUUAUAUGUCUCUCUGUGUGAUGAAUGGUACAAAACUUAUAUAUUUAUUAUUGCAUCUAUUUUUUACACUGAAUGUGUAUAAGUAGUGUGUGUGUGUGUGUGAGAGAGAGAGAGAGAGAGAGAGAUGAGAAAGAAUGAGAAAGAGAGUGUGUAUGUUUUUCUGUUUUUGCUCAGGCUUCCCCUCAACCUGAUAAAACAUUGUCUCUACUUGUUUUAUCACCCAUUCUCAGUGAACAGAUGAUUUAUGCCUUGUGGCAUAUGGUAGUGCUAAUUACAAACAUGUGCCCCACUGUAGAAUAGUAGCCCAGAAGAAGCAGCAAAGCACAUUUCAGUGUGUGGGGCUUGAUUGAUUGCGCUUUUUCAUGUGUAUGACUUUGGAUGCCUUUGUUUACUGACAUCCAUCCUUUUUGCAUUUUUCAUGAAUUUCUGCCCUGUUAAGACGAAAGAGUUUUAAAAUGUUUUUUUCCCUUAAUGCUAUUGAAACAUAAUCAAGAGGGAAGCCAUUUUCAGAGAUAUGCAUUGUUUUACUUUCAGUUUCAAUCGAAAGAAACAACACUUAUUUUUUAACAUCUAUAUUUUUUAGAAAAUUACUGAAUUCAGCCUGUUGAGAGUUGGAACACUUGUUCAGUCACAAAGGUCCUUUAGAUUUUCCUAUUUAAGGAGAAAAGUGUGCUGUACUUUCAUAGCCUACAGAAAAGUAUGAUAUUGCUGAAUGUAUUAACAUUUAUUUGAAUAAUAUAUUUAUUGUAGUAACAUUUGCUUUGUAAAUAGACAUGCUUCAUGCCUGUAACAGAUGUGGUUGCUAACUGCUAAGCUAACUUUGUCAAGCUAUGUCACUUUGUAACAUGCAUUAUAAUAUAACCCCCAUGCAUUAUAACUGUUGUAUGUAAUCAUGCCUGAAUGUGCUGAAACUUUUGUGUAAAACAUGUAGUGUGUUUUGAUAUAAAAAAAUAUCCUGCAGAUCAGGAUCUCCUUGUGCUAUGUAGUGAGAGGUGGGCUUCAUGCCCACCAAAAAAGACGAUAUGGUUCUUAGGAUAGUAAAAGGAUAUUAAAAUCCAAAGAGCUUGUG